CUUCCCUUCCUCUUAUCUGAUCCGGGCGCCCAGCAGUAGGGGAGCGCUGGAGUGGAGGAGGUAGCUCCGGGGCGCCAGGGAUAGGAGCUGGAGGAGGUGAGAGAGAGCUUAAUUAAAAAGGACACGCGGCUGGGAGCGAGCGAAAGGCUCUCGUCGCCAAGACCUAACUAACUGGCGGCGAAACUUGGAUCUUCCCUAGGCGCGGAAAGGUUCUCAACCUGGCUGGAACCUUGCUGGGCACCAGGACUGCUGCUACAUCCCAUGUGAAGGGCAGGACAUAAAAUGAAGACUUUUUGGUGCAAGAUGCAGUACUGGCUGAUUCCAGCUUUUUUGACAAUUGCUCAUUUAUGCGCCAUUGUCCAGAGUCAAGUGGCCCCACCUACACGGUUAAGAUACAAUGUGUUAUCUCAUGAUAGUGUACAGAUUUCAUGGAAGGCUCCAAGAGGGAAAUUUGGUGGAUACAAACUUCUCGUGACUCCAACUUCAGGCGGAAAAACCAAUCAAUUGAACCUCCAGAAUACUGCAACUAAAGCAAUUAUUCAAGGUCUUAUGCCAGACCAGAAUUACACAGUUCAAAUUAUUGCAUACAAUAAAGACAAAGAAAGCAAGCCUGCCCAAGGCCAAUUCAGAAUUAACGAUUUAGAAAAAAGAAAGGACACAAAACCCAGAGUUAAGGUUGUGGACAAAGGAAAUGGAAGUAGAUCAUCCUCAGAAGAAGUGAAGUUUUUCUGUGAAACUCCAGCUAUUGCUGAUAUUGUCAUCCUGGUUGAUGGUUCCUGGAGUAUUGGAAGAUUCAACUUCAGAUUGGUUCGGCUUUUCUUAGAAAACCUAGUUACAGCUUUCAACGUGGGCUCAGAGAAGACACGUAUUGGUCUUGCACAGUACAGCGGUGACCCCAGGAUAGAAUGGCACUUGAAUGCUUUCAGCACAAAAGAUGAGGUGAUCGAGGCUGUCCGCAAUCUCCCAUACAAGGGAGGAAAUACACUAACAGGUCUUGCCUUGAACUACAUCUUUGAAAAUAGCUUUAAACCAGAAGCAGGAGCAAGGACUGGAGUAUCCAAAAUUGGCAUUUUAAUCACAGAUGGAAAGUCCCAAGAUGAUAUUAUUCCACCAUCCAGAAACCUUCGCGAUUCUGGUGUAGAACUGUUUGCCAUAGGGGUGAAAAACGCGGAUGAGAAUGAGCUACAGGAGAUUGCCUCUGAGCCUGACAGCACACAUGUCUACAACGUUGCUGAGUUUGACCUGAUGCACACAGUUGUGGAGAGCCUGACCAGGACGGUCUGCUCCAGGGUGGAAGAACAGGACAAGGAGAUCAAAGCCUCAGCCCUUGCCACCAUUGGGCCACCUACGGAGCUGAUUAUUUCUGAAGUCACUGCCAGAAGCUUCAUGGUUAACUGGACUCAUUCCCCAGGAAAUGUGCAAAAAUACAGAGUUGUGUAUUAUCCUACCAGGGGUGGAAAACCAGAUGAGGUGGUGGUGGAUGGAAGUGUAUCUUCCACGGUACUGAAGAACUUGAUGUCUUUAACUGAAUAUCAGAUAGCAGUCUUUGCAAUAUAUGCCCACUCUGCUAGCGAAGCCCUCCGGGGAACCGAAACUACACUCUCUCUGCCCAUGGCUUCCAACCUUGAACUGUACGACGUGACUGAGAACAGCCUGAGGGUGAAGUGGAAUGCGGUGGAGGGGGCCUCGGGAUACCUGGUCCUCUAUGCGCCUCUCACGGAAGGUCUGGCUGGGGAUGAAAAAGAGAUGAAAAUUGGAGAGACCAGCACAGACAUUGAACUAAGAGCAUUGUUGCCCAACACAGAAUACACGGUCACGGUUUAUGCUAUGUUUGGGGAAGAGGCCAGUGAUCCUGUUACUGGACAAGAAACAACACUGCCAUUAAGUCCACCAAGAAACUUGAGAAUCUCCAAUGUUGGCUCUAACAGUGCUCGGUUAGCCUGGGACCCAGCUUCAAAAAAGAUCAGUGGUUAUCGAAUUGUGUACAACAGUGAGGAUCGGACUGAAAUCAAUGAGAUUGAAGUUGACCCUAUUACUACAUUCCCUCUGAAAGGCUUGACGCCCCUCACUGAAUAUUCCAUUGCCAUUUUCUCCAUCUAUGAUGAAGGACAGUCAGAGCCUCUAACUGGGACUUUUACCACAGAGGAAGUUCCAGCCGAGCAAUACCUGGAAAUUGAUGAGGUGGCGACAGAUAGUUUUCGAGUGACCUGGCAUCCUCUCUCGGCUGAUGAAGGGCAACACAAGUUGAUGUGGAUUCCAGUCUACGGUGGGAAGACUGGAGAAGUUGUCCUACAAGAAGACCAAGAUUCCCAUGUUAUUGAAGGUCUGGAUCCAGGCACUGAAUAUGAAGUUUCACUGUUGGCUGUGCUGGAGGACGGCAGUGAGAGCGAGGUGGUGACUGCUGUGGGGACCACACUUGACAGUGUUUGGACAGAAAUAGCCACGACAAUAGCGCCUACUAAAACUGUGACUUCAGUUUUCCGGACAGGAAUCAGAAACCUGGUUGUAGAUGAUGAAACCACUUCUAGCCUGCGGGUAACAUGGGACAUUUCAGACAGCAGUGUGCAGCAGUUCAGGGUCACCUACCUGACUGCUCAAGGGGACCCCACGGAAGAAGUGGUAGGAACGGUUAUGGUGCCUGGAAGCCAGAACCAUCUCCUUCUGAAGCCUCUGCUUUCCAACACCGAAUACAAAGUCACAGUGACCCCCAUCUACGAUGACGGAGAAGGUGUCAGUGUCUCCGCUCCUGGAAAAACUUUGCCACCAUCUGGUCCCCAAAACUUACGGGUCUCAGAAGAAUGGUACAACAGGCUGCGCAUUACUUGGGAUCCCCCACCCUCCCCUGCGAAGGGCUACAGGAUCGUCUACAAACCUGUCAGUGUGUCUGGCCAGACUCUGGAAACUUUUGUGGGAGCGGACAUUAACACCAUUCUUAUCACCAACCUCCUCAGCGGGAUGGACUACAAUGUGAAAAUAUUUGCCUCCCAGGCCUCAGGCUUCAGUGAUGCUCUGACAGGAGUGGUGAGAACAAUGUUUUUGGGUGUGACCAAUCUUCAAGCAGACCAGAUUCAGAUGAACAGCUUGUGUGCUCAGUGGCAGGUGCAGCGUCAUGCCACUGCUUACAGAGUAGUUAUUGAAUCCCUCCAGGAUACCCAAAAGCAAGAAUCCACUUUGGGGGGAGGCUCAAACAGUCAUUGCUUCUAUGGACUUCAGCCUGAUUCAGAAUACAAAAUCAGUGUUUAUACAAAGCUCCAAGAGAUUGAGGGACCCAGUGUGAGCAUCAUGGAAAAAACACAAGCACUUCCUACUCAACCACCUACUUUUCCUCCAACCAUUCCACCAGCAAAGGAAGUAUGUAGAGCAGCCAAGGCAGAUCUGGUAUUUAUGGUGGAUGGAUCCUGGAGUAUUGGAGAUGACAAUUUCAAUAAGAUCAUUAACUUUCUGUAUAGCACUGUUGGAGCACUGGACAAGAUUGGUGCAGAUGGAACUCAAGUUGCAAUGGUUCAGUUCACUGAUGACCCCAGAACAGAAUUUAAACUUAAUGCUUACAAAACCAAAGAGACUCUGCUUGAUGCAAUUAAACAUAUUUCAUACAAAGGAGGAAAUACUAAAACAGGAAGAGCCAUCAAACAUGUGCGAGACACUUUGUUUACUGCAGAGUCAGGUACCAGAAGAGGCGUUGCAAAAGUCAUCGUGGUUAUAACGGAUGGGAGGUCACAAGAUGAUGUGAACAAAAUCUCCAGGGAGAUGCAAUCAGAGGGCUACAGCAUUUUUGCAGUGGGCGUGGCCGAUGCAGACUACUCAGAGUUGGUCAGCAUUGGCAGCAAGCCCAGCGCACGCCAUGUCUUCUUUGUGGAUGACUUCGACGCCUUUAAGAAAAUUGAAGAUGAGCUGAUUACUUUUGUCUGUGAAACCGCAUCAGCAACCUGCCCAAUGGUGCACAAGGAUGGCAUUGACCUGGCAGGAUUUAAGAUGAUGGAAAUGUUUGGCUUAGUUGAAAAGGAUUUUUCAUCAGUGGAAGGGGUUUCUAUGGAACCUGGAACCUUCAACGUAUAUCCGUGCUACCGACUUCAUAAAGAUGCCCUGGUUUCCCAGCCAACCAAGUACUUGCAUCCAGAAGGAUUGCCCUCUGAUUACACAAUCAGUUUUCUAUUCCGGAUUCUUCCUGACACCCCAGAGGAGCCAUUUGCUCUUUGGGAGAUUUUAAAUAAAAAUUCUGACCCUUUGGUUGGAGUAAUUCUAGAUAACGGUGGGAAAACCCUCACGUACUUCAACUAUGACUACAGUGGGGAUUUUCAAACUGUCACUUUUGAAGGACCUGAAAUCCAGAAAAUUUUUUAUGGAAGUUUUCACAAGCUACAUAUUGUUAUCAGCAAGACUUUGGUCAAAGUGGUUAUAGACUGCAAGCAAGUGGGUGAGAAGGCAAUAAAUGCAUCAGCUAAUAUCACAUCAGAUGGUGUAGAAGUCCUAGGGAGAAUGGUGAGAUCAAGAGGACCAAAUGGAAACUCUGCACCAUUUCAGCUUCAGAUGUUUGAUAUUGUUUGUUCCACAUCAUGGUCCAAUAGAGACAAAUGCUGUGAGCUUCCAGGCCUGAGAAAUGAGGAGACCUGCCCAGAGCUUCCACAUUCCUGCUCCUGUUCUGAGGCCAGCAAAGGGCCUCUGGGACCGGCAGGCCCACCAGGUGGUCCAGGGCUCCGAGGACCCAAGGGCCAGCGAGGCGAACAGGGCCCAAAGGGACCAGAUGGCCCUCGAGGAUCAGUAGGUCCUCCUGGACCUCAGGGUCCCCCCGGGCCCCAAGGACCAAGUGGUCUGUCCAUUCAAGGAAUGCCUGGAAUGCCAGGCAAGAAAGGAGAAAAAGGAGAGUCUGGUCUUCCUGGCCCACAGGGUGUGCCAGGCGGUGUUGGUUCACCAGGACGUGAUGGCUCCCCAGGCCAGAGGGGCUUUCCUGGAAAGGAAGGAUCCUCUGGUCCUCCAGGACCACCAGGGCCAAUAGGCAUUCCUGGAGCCCCUGGAGUCCCUGGGAUCACAGGAAACAUGGGGCCCCAAGGCGCCCUCGGACCACCCGGUGUUCCAGGACCAAAGGGAGAGAGAGGAGAACGAGGUGACCUGCAGUCUCAAGCCAUGGUGAGGGCAGUGGCACGGCAGGUGUGCGAGCAGCUCAUCCAGAGUCACAUGGCCAGGUACACAGCCAUUCUCAACCAGAUUCCCAGCCACUCUACAUCAGUCCGGACCAUCCAAGGACCUCCUGGGGAGCCUGGGAGACCAGGCUCACCUGGAACCCCUGGUGAACAAGGACCUCAAGGUAUCCCAGGCUUCCCAGGAAAUGCAGGCCAGCCAGGGACCCCAGGAGAACGAGGCUUAACUGGUGCAAAGGGAGAAAAAGGAAAUCCUGGCGUUGGAACCCAAGGGCCAAGGGGACCCCCUGGACCAGCAGGACCUUCAGGGGAGAGUCGGCCAGGAAGCCCUGGGCCCCCAGGCUCUCCUGGACCAAGAGGCCCACCAGGUCACCUGGGUGUACCUGGACCACAAGGUCCUUCUGGCCAGCCUGGAUACUGCGACCCCUCUUCAUGUUCUGGCUAUGGGGUGGGAGUUCCCCAUCCUGAUCAGCCGGAAUUCACCCCUGUCCAAGACGAGCUGGAGGCCAUGGCACUGUGGGGCCCUGAGAUCUGAUGGCCUCAGGAGAAACUGGAAGACCAGCUGCAAGACUCUUAAGGAAUCACUUUCAAGAAGAAUGUCAUUAUUUGGUUUGUAUGUGAUCUUUAGCGAGCUCAUUUCAUCAGUCUAAACCUCCUCCUUGGAUAUUGCUAAUAUUAUCGUAAUUAUUCACCAAAAAUUAUAUUUAAAAAAUCCCCUUAAUCUCUGACACCACAGGAUUGAUUUCUCUUUAUUGCUUUAAUGACCUGCCAGAUGAUUUGUUUUUUCAGAGAGAAGAGCUCAAAGAAACAUUGGCAAACAAUUUGAACUCUGCAAUCUUUUAUGUGUUACAUGAGCUCAAGUCCCAACAACAGAUAUGAUUACAUGUGAGGGAAAUGACAUCCUAGCAGAACAGGAAUUCAGACAGAUUUACAUAUAAUGCCACUUAUCCCUAAUGCCUUAGCUGAAAGGAAAAAGGGAGAGUAUGAACAAACUACCUCUUGAUUAAUUGACCUGUCCAACUCUGAGAUCACUUGGUAACUGGUUUCACAGGCAUCCAAAAAUAUACAUUAGAACAUAACCUUUCUAAAGUCUAAAAUCACCAAAAUUUGGUGAUUUAAAAAAAGUGUUUCAAUGGAUUUUGUUUUGUGAAAUAAUGAGUUUCCACUGGUUCUGAUAGAAAGAGAUCCAAUUUUGAUGAACAAUCUUUCCAGCAGUGUUCCAAGGCUUGUCCUCUUUACCUACAGGGAUUACUUUGUACGUGCAGAUACGUUUUUGCAAACCUAUUUCGAUGUUUUUUUGUAAGCAAAUAAAAAUUUAAAACAAUGUAUGUGGGUUCUUGCUACCGCAUCUCUAAAUGUCACCUAAGCUUGUAAUCCUAGCUGAGUUUUAACCAGAAAAACAACAGUUGCCUUCUUUUAGGCAGACAUUCAAACUUUUAUUCAUUCAUUCACUCCUGCAUUCAUUCAUUCUGAGUGCAGCAGGAAGCAUAUAGAAGAAGCAAUUCACUGAGACGAAGAGGUAAGAGACUGGCAGGAUUUUAUCAUUCAUUUGUAACCAACCAUAUAGCAAGCAGCAAAGAGCAAGCACAAGACAGACAGACACUCAAUAAAUGUU